GCAUCGCUCAGUACUGUACCGUACUGCCCCGCUCACCGUGCAGUCCCUGUCAUCCUCACAGCGCUCUGCGGAGCGAUCGCGGUUUGAAGCGGCAGACAUUUCGGUCGCAUUAGCAGCGCUCGCGCCAUAUGUUCUCCCUGCUAUCAGCAGCCUGCUACCUCCCCGACGCCCCGCCCCUGGCCACGCGCUUUGUUACGGCCGCCAGUGGCCCGGUGCUCCGUAGCUGAAGAAGCGAAGGGCGAGCGCGGGAGCAUCGCGCGCUGCAGGGCCACUUACGCGGGAUGCGGUAGUAGAGGACGCGGAGCGGAGCGGAGCGGCGCAGUGCGGGUACGGGAGAUUGCGUAACCGGAGCGAGCCAGGCGAGUGCGGGACCCGGAUUUGCGGGAGACGGCGGGCACGAGGCAAGCGUGGGCAAUCUGCAGCUCGGGACGGAGUGGCAGCGCGAUGCGGGACGCGGGAAUGUGGCCGCGACGGCUCCGGUCGCACUGGCGGUCCGGCGCUUGUGUGGCGCGAGCUGAGCCCACGCGCUGACGGAAUCAUCAUGCAGCGCGCGGAUAAUUAAAGAAGCGAACGGAGAAUUCAAUCGGUUUCCCGCCCGGGUCACAGCGAGGGCACGCGCUCCGUGUGGGGCUGCUGGGUGGUGCUGGAGAGCAACACUGCACUUCGCGGAACCCUGGUCCGAACCUGGUACCCUCCUCCCCCUUCCCAACAGGCGCCUAUAUAUAUACCCACGAUGAUGAUGAUGAUGUCCAGGUACCCCAGGAGCAGGUGGCUCGGCUGGGCAGCGCUGUGUGUCGUCGUGCUCUACUGGGUGUACAACUACCCCGUGUGCAGGCUGCCCACGGACACGGAGAUCGUGCAAGAAGUGCUGCGACACGCGCAGGCGUGGAAGCAAAACAAAACCGCGAUCAGAAUGCUGAGGAAGCUGCUGGAAGACUGCUGUGAGCCCAGAAAGAUGUUUGCUCUGACAAAGGAGAACUCCCCCAUGGGCAAAGUGCUGUGGUAUGAUGGGGAGUUUUACUACUCUCACACUGUCAACAAGGACACCUACCAGCUCUUUGUGAAGAAGGUGUCUAACGGCCUGUGUGCGCUCACCCUGUGCGGCGUUCAAGUGUGCGUACAUGAGCCGCCGCUGCGCCUUCCCCUGAAAAAGUGCUCCGUAGUCGGUAAUGGAGGCAUCCUGAAACAGAGCGGCUGCGGCCGGGAGAUCGACCUCUCCGACUUCAUCAUGCGAUGCAAUCUGCCUCCGCUGUCUAAGGAGUAUACGAACGACAUCGGGACCAGAACGCACUUGGUGACGGCGAACCCCAGCAUCAUCGAGAAAAGGUUUAACAACCUCCAAUGGUCAAGGAAGCCAUUUGUGGAAAGCAUGAAGGUGUACGGGAAAAGCUACAUCUACAUGCCGGCCUUCUCCAUGAAACCUGGAACGGAGCCCUCCCUGCGGGCCUACUAUGCCCUCAACGAUGUCGAUUCCGAUCAGAUGGUGCUCUUUGCCAACCCAGACUUUCUAAAGAAUGUGGACAAGUUCUGGAAGCGUCGUGGCAUCCGUGCUAAACGCCUGUCCACGGGCCUCUUUAUGGUGAGCCUGGCACUGGGGCUGUGUGAAGAGGUCACCAUCUAUGGCUUCUGGCCAUUCAACAGCAGCCUGGGCGAGUCCACUGUCAAGCACCACUACUACGACAAUGUGCUGCCCUUCUCCGGCUUCCACACCAUGUCUGAGGAGUUCCGGCGGCUGUGGCAGCUGCACAAGGAGGGCGUGCUGCACAUGCGCAUCGGCAGUUGCCCAGCACAAGUGGGCUAGACCAGUAUGUCCCCAGUCUGUGCAUCACCAGCAUGAGAAUGCCUGCUGACCCUCGGUGUCGUUUCCUGUCGUCCAGGGGAAGUGGUUUUUGACGUCUGCAUGGACUUUUUCCCUCCCUUUUUUGGCACUGCUGGCCACUCUUGGGUUCAUGACUCUGAAUACUCUAAAUGUCAUGAACUUUGACAGGGUUAAUGUGGGACACAGGAAUAACUCAUCCUGUAAGAACAGGAAAAUACAGGAAGUGGAAUAACACAAAAAGAAGUUUUUAAUGGGAUUUGGUACCAGGAGGGGCUCGUAAAGAGGCUCUCCUCCGUCAGUCUGGUCAAACUUGAAAGUACAGAAGCUGCAGUUCAAUGUUACUCAUUGCAGUUCCCCACAGUUUUUCUUCUGGAGAAAACUUAAACUGAAGAUCAGAAAAUUCUGAAAUUACUGAAGAAGAUUUACGGCCGAACAUCAGUGGAUCUCUUCUCGUCUGCCCAUUAAUACAGUAUCGUACCUCCCAGAGUAGUAUGACUUCAGCCGCGAUAUUUCUGCUCAUCCAGAAAAAUGUUACGGUACAACAAUAUUACCCAUUCCAGCAAGCACAACGUCCAGCGUGGAGGUUUCCGAAAGAAGAAAUGGCGAGGAUGACCCUGUACUACUGCUAAGAGAAAUCUCAUAUCUUGUGCCAACUAGAAUCUGGGAAACAAAAUGAAGAAAUAAAAACUUUUCAAUAGACAUUUUGGAGCCCUGGAUCGUCCGUAAGCAUACAAAAUGACAUUUAUUGCUCAGGUACGUGACACCUGUGGGCCUGUGAACAGUUAUGUCCCUGCAGCUGUCGAAAUGAGACCCAAGUUGACCUUUAUCUGUAAGGACCACCUGUUCCAUCUCUCUUUAUUUCUUUCUCGGUAAACACAAGGGAAUGACAAAAAAUGCAAUGCCAUGAGAUGGUGUCUUCGUUUUACCACACCGCCAGAAAGUUCAAAUGUGUUUAAAAAAAAAUCAGCAGACUUUGCAAAGUGGGAAAAUUUUGGUUUGAUGAGUCUUCAGUAGGUCCUGCACCCAAUUUUUGACCAGAUGUACAAUUUCUAUAUACGCUGCUUGGGAAAUUUCGAACUUUCCAGUCUCAAGACCACAUCAGUCCACAAUAAUUAGUUAAUGGAAAUGGUUGGUUUGGUGAGCUUUUCUCCACAGUUGUGGAUCUCUCCAUGUAUUCUAAAAUAAGGCCUUCAGGCCUUCUCUCACCCUUGGAUUCUCCGUGGGGUUCUCUUCUGAAAUAUUUUGCCAACGACGCACUACUGAUGGCUCAAGUCAAAUGUCUGUGAUUGUGCUGAGGUUGAAUGCCAGUGGGUGUUUGAUUCUUCGUCAACGACAGCGCGGUUUGUUUUGGGCUGUUCACUGGCCUGCGACCUCUCAAUACUUCCAUGAUUGCUGGUGACCGCGUUGGUUGCCAGCCCUCCCGUUCCUUUCAUCUCUGCUGCCAGGGUACUGGAAUACCCCGCUGGGCGGGAAACCAACAUCCACGUCUCGGUUGAAUGAACCUCAAGGGACCAAAGUGUCUUCUGACGAGGAAGUCAAAGUCACAGAAUGGCACUCUUGUUUCCCCAUUGUCACCACGAAUGGUGGAGAAGACAUGAAGCUUGUGUACUUUGUUUUGUUCAACGUGAUUGUCGAAUGUGUACCUGCACUUGACUCCUAUCAAUCCUCUGUAAUGCACUGAUUCAUUUCUCUUUUUUUUUUUAUUUCUUUUUAAUGGUUUCUCUCCUACCUGUGGUGUCAUGCUGUCCCUUUACCUGUUCAUUUCAGCUGUUUCUGAAGGUUUACAGUGCCUUGUUCUUUUCACAUGAACCAAUACUAUGACAGUUGUGUCAGAAAAUAUUGUCACUGCAAAUAACAUUUUUGGUGUCAUGAUAACAUUUUUAUUAUUGAAGUAUCAGGGAACAUGACCUUUGAACUAUUGAAGGAUGCAGUGGGAACUGGUCUGUGAUUGAAGGGGUGGUUUUAUAACCUGAGCUGGUUGUUAUAGGACCAAGGCUUUACAUCUCUUACAUUCAAUUGUUAUGAAGUACGUACACUUUAUGCAAUUCAUCCAUAUUAUAAUAGAGGAUGAUUUUAUUUGGUGAAGGCAGCAGUAACAAUAACAGCUGCAUUUAUACAUUGACAGUACCAAAACAGCACACAGUUACGGUGGAGAAUGUUUAACUGUGUUCAGUCUUAAUAACGGACAUUUUCGUAUUGUACUUGUAUAGCAAUGGGGCUUUCGGGAUAAAUAUUUCUUCUUAAUUAUUAGUAAUUCAUUUCCAAAGUUAAUCAAAAUUCUCAGCUGAAAGUCUGAACUGCUGUUAAUAUGAAGUGUAGUGUGUUAGAGACAUGCUGCUGAGUUGUGUUAAAAAUGUGACAUGAACUGUGUUGACUUGAUGCUUAACACAGACUCGAGAAAACCUUCAGGGUUGUGAUGGCACUGUUAUGGAUUUACCUCGUUUGCCCCUCAGGGGAUGGCAGUCCAAGCUACCUGACCUCGUUGGCCCAAAACGAGACUAGAAAAGCUGAUCGGACUUAUUGCUGUCAAUAUUAGUGUCCCAGUCCCAGUAGUUGUCACUGGGUUUUGGUCAUCGAUUUGUGCUACUAUACUGUAUCUACAUAGUUUCAUUGUUCUUGUAAAGUGUUGCAGUAUGUUUUACUCCAGAAGCCAAGAACGUCUUGAGGUGGUGAUAGAUGAAAAGAGAGGAAAAAUGAUGGUAUGCAUCGUACCAGUGCCCCAGCUGUGCUUUGAUGUCUCCCAGCUGCACUUUGGGUCCUGGGCGAUGCUGCGGACUCAGCAACCUGGCUGAGCAGUCCCCCCCCCGACCCCCAGGCUUACAAAUGUAUGCCUUGAAUGGGUGACUGACUGUUAUAAUGUUUGGUUGUCAAGGUUACAAAGGUCACCGCUUUUCUUUGACUCGUUGGGCUAUCAACUCGGAAUUGUGGGAAAACGGGCCGUCUCACUCGGCUUUUAUCACCAUGCGCUUGUUUCUUUUCCUUCCUUAGAGGGCAAAAGGUUAAAGAUUUAUCAUCACCGUACUGCAUUCAUAGUUUUCCAUCCAUAUACUGUGCUAUAAGUUCUUAAUUUUAACAUUUAGUGUUUUUUUGUUUUGUUUUACUGCAGGACUGUAGAAUGUCUUUUGUAAUACUUCUACUUACUGACUUAUUGAAGACACAACUGGUGCUUUUUUUGGGAAAAGAGCAUGGUCUAGCAUGUAGAAUAUAUCGACUGCAUUUUUAUUAUAGUGAUCAUUUUUAUUUUUUAUGGCGUAUUUUUACUAUGUUCACUGGAAACAUUUUUUUAUGAAGGGUAUGUGUGUACAUGUAUAUAGGCUGAAAAAUGUAAAUUAUUUAAAUUUCCCUUUAAGAAUUUUCGUUUCUGCCUAUGCUUCGUAACAAAAUAGGUACGUCAAAGUAUUUUCAUCUAGAGUUAAGCUACCUCAUUGAGUUUUUACGAAAAACUGCUUUUGUGUACCAACAACUAUUUGAUUAUUGGAAUAUGAUUUUUAUUAACCGCUCGACUCUCGCGUUGUUCUGCCAGGGCUUUCGUUCAUCCUCUAGUCUUCUGCUACACUGUGCCUCACCUAAUACCUAAAUUGGAAUUCACACCAGUUUUUCCAGGUAAUAAUUGCGAGGCGGCGUUACUAACUUCCAAGGAUCACCUGCAGACUCUUAAAGCGUUCAAUUUAGAAGCAUCAAAGAAAGCUAUACAAAGAACAUCGGUAUUUAUUCAUGUGUAGAGCAGAAUGGCAGAAAUUAUUUAUGUGACCCUAAAUUCUUGAAAGGGAAAGGAAAAUGUGAGUGGUAAAAGACAGGUUUUUAUUUUUAAUUUUUUUGUUAAUUCCCAUCUCCAUAUUGCACAUACUUCAGAUGAAAUGAUGAAACACUUAACAACCAGAUGGCACUGUAUUUAUCGUUCAUGUAUUAUUAUUUGUUCAUGUAUUAAGCCACAAUACCUGUUAUGGGUUGGUGGGCCUCUUGGAUUUGAAACUCAUUUCCCCCUGUAAUCUCCAAGAUGUUCUUUUGCCUGUGAGAUAAAUCUCCCAGUCAGGCUUGGCCAGAACCCCAGAUCUUCAUGCUUUCAUAAGGGGGCCUCCAUUUCCAGUGGAGAAUUACACUAACUGUGCAUUGGUUCAAGACUCCCCUAUAGUAUUUUGCCCAUGACUAGAAAUGUGUAGUGAA